AUGGCUUCCUCCGCCGCACAAAUCCACAUCCUCGGCGGAAUUCGAUUCCCUUCUUCUUCCUCCACCAAUUCCACUCCACGAAGCGUCUUCUUCGGCAACAGAAUCAGUCCUUUCUCUACUCCAACAUCUUCUUUCCUAAGAAUAAAACGCACAACUAGCACCGUCCCUUCCAGGUACUCAGUCGGUCCAGUCCGUGUUGUUAACGAGAAAGUCGUCGGAAUCGAUUUAGGAACGACGAACUCAGCCGUCGCUGCUAUGGAAGGAGGUAAACCAACGAUUGUAACGAACGCUGAAGGUCAGAGAACAACACCUUCCGUUGUUGCUUACACCAAGAGUAAAGAUCGACUCGUUGGUCAGAUUGCUAAGCGUCAAGCUGUCGUUAAUCCGGAGAAUACUUUCUUCUCUGUGAAAAGGUUUAUUGGUAGGAGAAUGAACGAAGUUGCUGAAGAGUCUAAGCAAGUUUCUUAUAGAGUUGUUAAAGAUGAGAAUGGGAAUGUUAAGCUUGAGUGUCCUGCUAUUGGUAAACAAUUUGCUGCUGAGGAGAUCUCUGCUCAGGUUUUGAGGAAGCUUGUGGAUGAUGCUUCGAGAUUCUUGAAUGAUAAAGUAACGAAAGCAGUGAUUACUGUGCCUGCUUACUUCAAUGAUUCGCAGAGGACAGCUACGAAAGAUGCUGGUCGUAUCGCUGGAUUGGAAGUUCUUCGUAUUAUCAAUGAGCCUACGGCUGCUUCUUUGGCUUAUGGGUUUGAGAAAAAAAGCAAUGAAACUAUUCUUGUCUUUGAUCUUGGGGGUGGUACUUUCGAUGUCUCAGUACUUGAGGUUGGUGAUGGUGUUUUUGAAGUGCUUUCUACUUCUGGUGAUACACAUCUUGGAGGUGAUGACUUUGACAAGAGAGUUGUUGAUUGGCUUGCUUCAACUUUCAAGAAAGAUGAAGGUAUAGAUCUUCUGAAAGACAAACAAGCGCUUCAGAGGUUGACGGAGGCAGCUGAAAAAGCUAAAAUUGAGCUUUCCUCACUGACUCAGACAAACAUGAGUUUACCUUUUAUCACCGCUACGGCUGAUGGGCCUAAGCACAUUGAAACCACUCUUACCCGAGCCAAAUUUGAAGAAUUAUGCUCCGACUUACUUGACAGGGUCAGGACACCGGUGGAGAAUUCCCUGAGGGACGCAAAGCUCAGCUUCAAAGAUAUUGAUGAGGUCAUCCUUGUUGGUGGAUCCACACGUAUUCCUGCUGUUCAGGAACUCGUAAGGAAGCUGACAGGGAAAGAACCCAAUGUGUCAGUCAAUCCUGAUGAAGUUGUAGCUUUAGGUGCUGCAGUUCAGGCUGGUGUUCUAUCUGGCGAUGUGAGUGACAUUGUUCUUCUUGAUGUGACGCCACUAUCGCUUGGUCUGGAAACUCUUGGUGGUGUCAUGACCAAGAUCAUUCCAAGAAACACCACGCUUCCAACUUCUAAAUCAGAAGUCUUCUCAACAGCUGCAGAUGGACAGACAAGCGUUGAGAUUAAUGUGUUACAGGGUGAGAGAGAGUUCGUAAGAGAUAACAAGUCUAUUGGUAGCUUCCGUCUUGAUGGUAUUCCGCCUGCACCACGUGGAGUUCCACAAAUCGAAGUCAAAUUCGACAUCGAUGCCAAUGGAAUUCUAUCUGUCAGUGCUUCGGACAAAGGCACUGGAAAGAAGCAGGACAUCACCAUUACUGGUGCUAGUACCUUGCCCAAGGAUGAGGUGGACACUAUGGUGCAAGAAGCAGAGAGGUUUGCGAAAGAAGACAAAGAGAAGAGAGAUGCGAUUGACACAAAGAACCAAGCUGAUUCUAUGGUAUACCAAACGGAGAAGCAGCUUAAGGAACUCGGAGAGAAAAUUCCUGGUCCAGUGAAAGAAAAAGUUGAGGCUAAGCUCCAAGAGCUCAAGGACAAGAUAGGAAGCGGAUCGACCCAAGAAAUUAAAGACACCAUGGCAGCUCUUAACCAAGAAGUGAUGCAGAUUGGCCAGUCUCUGUACAACCAACCCCAACCAGGUACUGGUUCUCCUCCUGGAGGUGAAGCUUCCUCGGCAUCUGACUCAUCAUCCUCAAACAAAGAUGGAGACGACGGUGCUGAUGUGAUCGAUGCUGACUUCACAGACAGCAAAUAA